AUGGCCGUCUCGUAUGCAGUUUCGCGCGUUUUGAGACGCGCCUCGCCGAUUUUCGUUCAGAAACGACACGAAUCGACAAUGGCCAGUUUCACGAAAGACGAAAUAAUGAUUUUACUUAGACCCCCGUUCUCGAACUGGAGCAACGCCAUCAGGGACGCCGAGAAAGUGGUCGGCUAUCCAACGUCUUUUAUGAAUCUUAGAUGCCUACUGAGUGACGAAUUCGCCAACCUAGCUCUGUAUUUGAGGAAGCUGGUCGGCAGCAAUCAUCUGGUGAUGCAAACCGCAAAAAACGUCCUGUACGGCGACUCUAAGAACUUGCAGCCGUGGGGCCUGAUCAUCCUCUUACUGGCCAAAUCGAUCAGGGCCCAGUCCAAGAAAGCUGAAGAACAGACGAGAGUACUGGCUGAGCUGACGGAGAUGAUACGAACCGGCCACUUGAUACACAAGGGCAUCAUCAAUGUCCCUUUCGCGAAACGUUCAAAAGACACUGAAACCGCGAUAUUCGGCAAUAAAAUCGCUAUACUUCUCGGCGACUAUCUACUGGUGACCGCCAACGCUAUGUUAGCAGAGCUGAGGAACUCCGACGUUUCUUAUAUAAUUUCUACAGCGCUUAAAGAUCUCUCGGAAGGAGAAUUCUUCGGCGAAAGGGACGAACAGAACAUGCCGUUGCCGGGAAGACCUAAAACGCACGACGGCUUGGAGAUAAACUUUGACACGGACUCCAUUACGGUCGACGAGGUAUUAGGGAAGUCCCGAAAGGAAUGGACGGCUAGGACAGUGUUCAAUGGAGUCAGCCUUUUGGGUAGGGGCUGCCAAUCGGCCAUGGUCCUUGACAAACAAGGGCGUGACAUCCAAAAGUAUGCUUACCAUUUCGGUUGCCACGUGGGUCUGGCCUGGCAGGCCGCUACGGAACUCCAGAAAUUGACCUCCGAUUCCAGAGGUCACUUCUGUCUGGCAAGCGCUCCGGUUCUUUUCGCCUUAGAAAUGAAUCCGGAUCUGUACAAGAUCAUCGAUCAAGCGAAAAACGACGUUAAAGACGUCGAUUACGAAGAUUUGAAGUUCAAUAUCCUGAAAACGGACGCGGUCGACAAAACUAAAAUGCUCUACGAGGAUCACGCGAAGAAAGCCACCGCUUACAUAGAGAACAUAGGACAGAACGAAUCUGUGGAUAUGAUCAAGAAAUUGAUUAACACAUUCUGAACUGGUAUCACGGAGGCAUUAAUUUUUUGUAAUACAUAAGGCAGAGGAACUUCGUCUCCUAAAAGGUGACGUAACACAGGGCGCAAAUAGACAACACCAAAAAAAAAUAAAGAAAAUUACUCUCUACCAUAGAUAAUGUCUUCGACUUUUUGGCGGGAGACCGAGAAGCGAUGUUGUGUGAAUUGUUUUUUUUUAUUUUUUAUUUAGUAUUGCUCCAGAUUUAAGUACGAAUUAAUGGUGGCUUAUUAACCGAUUAGCAUCUGUGUAUUGGAGGUGGACCACGUUGGAGGUGGCUUCGUGGGUUCAAAGACCCCUGAAGUCUCAAUAAAUAUCCAUAAUUUUACUGCGACGUUAUUUCCUCUC